UUGGGGACAGGGGGUGGGGGUGGAGCGAGGUCAUCCCGUGUGGGCAUCCAGACUUAGUACUACAAAAGCCUGAGAGAAGCUUCAGCGACUCUGGACCAGAACGGACUGACUCUGGGUAGGAGAGCGUGAAGCAAACCGCUGUUCUGCCCACCUCCUCCCCACCGCCACUCCAACUCCAACCCAGCCUGGAAGCCACUACCCAGGAGCCAGAAUUCAGCUGCCUGUUCUGUUCCCAGAAAAAAACCAAAACAAGGACAAAAGAGGCCUCACCAGCCCGUCCCUUUGAGUCCCAUGGCAGGCCUGAGCUCAACGCAGCUACGGAAGUUCCAAGAGGAUGGAUUUCUGGUCCUGGAAGGGAUAUUUUCCCCCAAUGAGUGUGAUAUCAUGAGGGAACAAAUCCAGAAGAUCAUAGCAGAAAUGGAAAUCCCAUCUCACUGUCGCAUUGAAUUCUCUACUCAAGAAGAGGAACAGCUCCGAUCCCAGGGCAAUACUGACUAUUUUUUGACCAGUGGAGACAAGAUCAGAUUCUUCUUUGAGAAAGGAGUGUUUGACAAGGAAGGCAAUUUUCUAUUCCGGCCAGAGAACUCUAUCAAUAAGAUUGGCCAUGCUCUGCAUGCCCAUGACCCUGUCUUUAAGAGUGUUACCCACUCACUUCAGGUACAGGAGUUGGUCAAGAGUCUGGGGCUUGAAGUACCUGUGAUAGUUCAAAGCAUGUACAUCUUCAAGCAACCACACUUUGGCGGGGAAGUCACUCCACACCAGGAUGCCACCUUUCUCCACACUAAGCCACUGGGCCGAGUACUGGGUGUUUGGAUCGCCUUGGAGGAUGCCACCCUGGAGAAUGGCUGCCUCUGGUUCAUCCCUGGCUCCCACACUGGUGGUAUUUCUCGGAGGAUGGUACGGGUGCAGACAAACUCUGGGGGUUGCACCAACUUCAUAGGCUCUGAACCGGUUUAUGAGGAGAGUCGUUUCAUCCCUACACCUAUCCAGAAAGGGGGUCUCAUCUUGAUACAUGGGGAGGUCGUUCAUAAGAGUGAGCUGAACCGCUCCCCACAUUCUCGCCAUGCAUACACCUUCCACCUCAUGGAGUCCAAGGACGCUCAGUGGAGCCAGGAUAACUGGCUUCAGCCAACACCAGAGCUGCCCUUCCCCCUACUGUAUACCUAAUGCCAAUCACCAAGAUGGAUUCCCUUGCUCUUUCAGAUGAAGCCCUGGGCCUAACUUUUUUUUUUUAUAUUCUGAAUGUAAUUUUAAUUUGAUGUUCAUGGAAAUGAGUAAGCCUUCCAUUUGUAAGGAGAAUCACUAGACUGCACUGACACAAAAGCUUGAUCUUUUUUUUAUGUUGAAAUUUCUACUUUCCUGGGCUAUGCACUGCAAAUUUACUAAAUUAAAACCAGAACAAUAAAAAUUGAAAGGGA